GGUGCGCUGGAGCGCGUGAACUGCGGUUCCUAGGCCGGAAGUGCUCUCGGCGGAAGUGAUACCUGUGCGACGCGUGGGCGGGAUGGCUGCGAGCCGUCUCUUUGUAAGUCGUCUUCGAGCACGCUUCAGUUCCAUGGCCAAUAGCCCCCUCGAGGGCGCGCUCUCCUCCCGGGGCCUGCAUGCAGGGCUCGGGCCCCGAAGGCUCUCCGUCGAAGGCAACAUUGGCCUGCAUUGCCCAAAGUCUUGGAAACUUGCUGGAUAUGAUGUACCGGGAACCAGCACGAUGGUCCUACACAUUCCAGACAUUUUCCUUUAUGAGCCGCUUGAAAGUACAGCUGGAGCCCUUCCCUAAGAAACUCUUACAGGCCAAGAAGCCAGUACAGAUCUUUGAGAGGUAUAUCUUUGCAAAGAAUCUUUUUGAAAAUGGUUCCCUCAGUGACAUCGAAUGGCAUAUCUAUCAGGACUGGCAUUCUUUUCUCCUGCAGGAGUUUGCCAGCCAGCUCACAUUACAUGGCUUCAUCUACCUCCAGGCUACUCCCCAGGUUUGUUUGAAGAGACUUUACCGAAGGGCCAGGGAGGAAGAAAAAGGAAUCGAGCUGGCCUAUCUCCAGCAACUUCAUGGUCAGCACGAAGCCUGGCUUGUUCACAAAACAACGAAGCUUCACUUUGAGACUCUGCUGAACAUUCCAGUGCUGGUGUUAGAUGUCAGUGAUGAUUUUUCUGAAGAAGUAACCAAACAAGAAGAGCUCAUGAGAAAGGUAGACACCUUUGUAAAGAAUCUGUAACCAGUGCCAUGAUGUUCUGGCUGUAGUCUGGGCUCUCUGCCUUUCUGAAGCUAGAAAAUUGUUGUAUCUCCCACCCACCUUCCCAUCCCCAAGUUCCUUCCACCUCUAGAGCACUGACACUCCAGGGCAAUGAAGUGUGUUAUCUUCAGCUUUGACAUCAUUUUCUUUUAUAUCUCAAGGACUUUGAAAGUAAAGUUUACUUAAGUUUUACUUAUCUUUGUAAUCCAGUUCGUUUAUUUUAGUGUGUAUCUGUUGGUGCCAACAUUCACCUAAGAAAAGUCUUAGCUUUUUUUCUUGAAUCCUUCACCAACCAGACUACCUGUGUGUUCACUUGCUCCCCUGACAUGCCAAGGCAGGAAUUACUCCCAGAAUCCUCCGGCAAGCCCUGCCAUGCAUGAAGAAGGAGUCAAGUGGCUCGGGAGUGGGUGGGAGCUCAAGUGUGAGCCCUGGAGCUGGGAAAUGGAGUCUGACCUCCAGGAAGCUUCUUUAUCUCUUCUCAUCUGCCAUUCUUGGUAAGGGGUAUAAGAGCAGAGGAGUUAGUCCUUUGUCCUAGAGCUGAAAAACCUGACCAGAAGAAAGGGAGAGAACAUCAAGAGACUAAAAGUUAAGCAUCUAACAUUUAGAGUUGGUCUUCCCAGCACUCUGGUUUACUCUGAAAUACCUCACCCAGUGAGUUUUAGAUGGCCUUUUGGAGUGAAUCUCUGUGCAGGAAAGAAAACUUUUUGUGCUGCUCUUCAGGCUUCAAGAACAAUUUAUUGUUGUGCAGAAAUACAUGUCUUUAUAGAAUUGAAAUGCUCCAUGCCAGAAACCUGCAGUUCUGUGAUUCUCCAGAAGCAGAUAGAUUUCCUGCCCCAAGCUCUCGGCAGUUCCGCAGGCUCAGAGGAGUGAACUCGGGGUUCAACAUGUCCCAGAGACAGAAAUCUGUUUUUCUGUCCUUAGUGUUUUGGGAUGAGUGUAAGAUUGAUUUCUAAGAAAUGUAUAAGGUUUUAAAAUACAAAUAAAGCGAUCUCUGUAUCCCA